AUUUUAAGGCCAAAUCCCUUUUGUCUAAAAUGAAUGGAGAUAAAAGAGCUGGGAUGCACUCUGUAGACAUAAAGAGUGUCUCCCCACUUGAAUACCGAAAGAAACGACUUGGGCGGAAGGUAACACUACCUGAUACUUUCCCUGAAAAAGUACUUGAGAUCGAGUCAUGGAUCGAUAAAGGAGAGUUUGUCAAGGAAGAUUUAGACGAGCUAAUGCUUAUUUACUCUCAAGUUGUAGAGUAUUAUAACAGUAUCAACAGUGAGAAAGCAAGCUAUUAUGCUGAUAGGAUACAAGUUACUCUUAUGAAGCCGAAUGUACUGGAAAGAAUGAUGCUUUCUUCAAAAGAGCCAAAUGAAGUUCUUAAAAAGGAUCAGGAAAUUAUUUCCAAAAGAGAGCAAGAAAAGAAGAUGGACCAUAACCAAAGAUCCAUCAAAAAGACUCAAGAAUACAACCGGAAGAAGAAAGAACGGAGUCAUGAAAUGAUAAAAGAGAAAAAGAAAACACUUGAAAAGAGUAUUGAAGAAACCCACAGAGCUGAAGACACCAGUGUGGAUCAUGUAGCCAAAGACCUAAUCAAACAAAGCACUGACUUUCAUAAAAGAUUAGCAGAAAGAAGAAGGAAAAAUGGAUUCAUCAAUAGCUGUAAAAAUGCUAAUUCUCAGUCCUUCUUCAAGUUCGAAUCAACGAAUCUCGGAAAUAGAUUCGAGAAAGAUAGUAGUACAAUUAUUCAAAAUGUUAGCAUUAUUAAAAAGGAAGCAAGUGAUAUUGAGGAUGAUGAAAGCUUUAGCUUGGAACUCCUCAAUAAACUUCCCGAUACAACAACUUCAACUCUGAAUAUCACAAACAAGACACCUAAUGCUCCACCUCAUGACAAUCUCAAAAUUGGGACAUCUCUUAGCGAAGAAAAUGAAGAAGAGGAGAGUGAAGAUGAACUUCUCGAAGAGAAUCUUAAAGAAAUUUGGAAAGAGUGUGAAAAGGUCUUUGAAACUAUUCAAGUAGAGAAAGAAGAGGCUACAAACAAAUUCAUUGAAGAAUUGACCACCAAAAAGUUUGAACUGAUUGCUGAGUUAAAAGCUGAAAUGAAAAUUAGAUUAUCCCAAGCUGACAAUGAGCAAGAAAAAUCUUCAAUUGAGCAAGAAUAUCAAAAUAAAAUAACCAAAACUGAGAUAAACUUAAAAAGAGAAAAGGAUGAGGGACUCUCAGAUAUCAAAAAUAGGUUCUUCAAAAGAAAGAAGUCUAUCAUGAGUAAGAUAGAUAUCGAGAGCGCUAAGUCUAAGCUUAAGGCAUCUUUCCAAUCCAAGAACAUGAGCUUCCUAUCCACCCCUUCUUCUCAUUCUUUUUAUCUCUCACCUUAUGAACAAUCACCUAAAAAGGCGGCUCAGGUUGAAGGAUUGGUUUCAAAAGAGUAUGUAAUGAAACCUUCUCCGAAAACCUUGCUGUCCCCUUCUGCUCCUCCAAAGAACAUGCCAAAGACACCCACAAGGAUGAAGAAGAUAGACUUCGGUCUGCCAAACUAAGGAAUC